CUUCCUCCUCCUCAACACCUCAGCAAACUCCAAGCAUACCAUCUUGAGCCCAUGGAUGAGGAGCAGCAGUGAGCAUUGCAGACUGGCCGUCUCCGUUCACAGGCACCUGCAGCCUUCCGGGAGGUACGUCGCCCAGCUGCUGCCCCACAACGAGGCUGGAAGAGAGAUCCUCCUGGUACCUACUCCGGGGAAGCAUGGCUGGACAGUGCUGCAGGGAAGAAUUGGGCGCCCAGAGAACCCGUUCCGAGUGGCCCUGGAGUACAUUUCAAGUGGAAACCGAAGCUUGUCUGCAGUGGACUUCUUUGCCCUGAAGAACUGCAGUGAAGGGACAUCUCCAGGCUCCAAGAUGGCCUUGCAGAGUUCCUUCACUUGCUGGAACGGGACAGUCCUCCAGCUCGGCCAGGCCUGCGACUUCCACCAGGACUGCACCCAGGGAGAAGAUGAGGACCAGCUCUGCAGUAAGCUCCCUGCUGGUUUCUACUGCAGCUUCGAGGAUGGCUUCUGUGGCUGGUCCCAAGGAACACUCUCACCCCAUGGGCCCCAGUGGCAGGUCAAGACCCUAAAGGAGGCCCGGUUCCAGGACCGCCAAGGCCACGCCCUGUUGCUCAACACCACCGAGGUGCCCACACCUGCAAGCGCUGCAGUGACCAGCACCACGUUCCCCGCACCGAUGAAGAACUCUCCGUGUGAGCAGGUGGCUCAGCAGGAGUAA